AUGUCAGCAAAACGUCUUCGGACAUCUGGGGAGUUCUCUGCAGUGAAGAGCCACCCCGAGAAGUCGACCAUUGUCAAGGAUCGGACGAGCCACAACAGUAUCCCCUUCAGCCUGGAAUGGACGAUACAAGAUUUUAAUCUGUAUAGAACUACCUGCACGCUUCUGCACAGUCCGGGCAUCACAGCAUCCGAACUCGGCAUCAACAGUUUUGCCGGACGCUUUCGCAUCGGCAUUUGUCCAUGCGUCACGGUGGAAACGGGGAGAUAUGUGAGCGCUUUCCUAACGCUCACGGAUGCGGACGCGAAAUCCAAGGCUUAUACCGGAACAACCGAGGUUAAUGUGACGUUCACGAUAAGUGCAACAACUGGAAAUGCUAUGGAUGUACACAUCGGCGCGCCGCCGACUCCUCCAACUAUAUGCAGUUUCUAUUCACCUGGCUCCUCGUAUGGACAUCACACGUUCGUCAGCCAUGCUCAGCUGUUCGGUACAAGCACCGCCGUCGGCCUGCUUAAAGACGAUGUCGUGACUUUCCGCAUUGAAGUUACCAUCUACGGUACCGACCCGACCGGAGCACCGGAAGCGAAAACCGUUCGGCUGUCGAAAGUCGAGUCACCUGUCAGUCUUUGCUACGGCGAUUUCCGUCGCCGUCAAAUGGACGAAUACCGCGCAGCACCCAGUCUGUACACCGAUUUUAUAUUGCGUACCAGUGAUGGUCAGGAAUUUCCUGUUAAUCGUUUCCUGCUGGCGGCUCAUUCGCCGGUCUUUUCGGCCAUGCUCACGCAUGAUUCCCAGGAGAAUCAACAGGCACAUUGCGAUCUGACGGAUGUGGAUGAAGAAAACGUGGGAAUUCUGUUGGAUUAUUUGUACGGAUGUGACACGGACCAACUAAACACGGAUAAUGUGGAGAAGGUGCUGUUUAUGGCCGAUAAAUACCAGAUUAUGGACCUGCGUUCCGUGUGCGAGGGGAUGAUGGCGGAAAGUGUUACUGUCGAUAACGUCGUUAACCGGUUCCUUAUGGCCAGGCAGCGUGGUCUAGACGUUUUAAAGGAUAGCGCAUUGCGAAUCAUGGCACAGAAUAAGCUGGUGGUCCUUAAGGAUAAAGUACUGAAAGCAGCAAUCCAGUCGGACCCCGACCUGCUGGAAAUCAUCAUGGAAUACUGUGCCAAAUAA